AUGAAGGAGGUGGUGUGGCUGCUACCGUCGCCAGGUGUGGAUGGCGGUGGUGCCAUUGAGAAGCAGCAGCAGCAACUGGUGCAUUGCCAGGAGUGCAGCUUCAUCAGAUUGGGACCUGUGGCCUGCUGUUCCAACAGCUGCUCCACCUGCUGCUUACAUGGUGCCAAGUGCCACAUGUGCAGCAAAGUGUUGUUGUCGCCACUGGUCUUCUCACUGAACCCGCAGCAGGUGACAGCUGCUGUGCCCUUAGUGCAGGGAGUGCAGCCCGGCUUCCACGACGGUACACCGCUACUACAGCUGGCCACACAUGACCACACCUGCGAGCACCACUUGCUGCACUGCCUCGUUCAGCCAGGCACGUGUUCAUGGCACGGCAAGCAUGCCGACCUGGAGGCGCACACCCAGGCCAAACACCCACAACACUUCGUGCGCUUCCCCAGCACCGUGGGCAACAGUGUCUCGUGGCGCAUCUCUAAGAAUGGCUGCUGCAUCGACCUGGUGCGCCAUCUUGUUGUGGCCUUAGGUGAGAUGUUCGUCUACCAAAAGCAGUUCAGUUACCAGGAGCGUCAGCUGUUCAUUGCCAUUCAGCUGGUGGGCCCUCCUGAACGUAGCAGGCUCUACCGGUACAAGUUCAGGCUCACCCGCAAUGAGGGUGCCCACUCUGUGACUUUCGAGCAUGCUGUCCAUUCACAGAAUGAGAACCUGCAGCGAACAUUCGGCCUCGGUGACUGCAUCAAAGUGCCCUAUGAUACUAUCUCUCAGUUCUGCCAUGGCGAGAGGGUGCUCAUACUGUGUAAGCUUGAGCCUCCGUAUGAGCCAAAUGUUGAAACCACACAUUUGUAG